AUGACACUUAUUCUACGAUACGUUGACAAAAAAGGUGAAGUGAUAGAGCAAUUUGUUGGUGUAGUCCAUGUUAGUGAUACAUCCGCACGAUUCUUGAAGAAGUCAAUCUAUUCUUUUCUUUUAGAUCACUCACUAAGUCCACCCCAAAUCCGUGGAAAAGGUUAUGAUGGUGCAAGUAACAUGCAAGGAGAACUAAAUGGUCUUAAGAGUUUAAUUUUGCGUGAUACUCCAUCUGCUUAUUUUACUCAUUGUUUUGCUCACCAGUUGCAGCUGACACUCGUGGCUCAUAUGAAGAAGAAUUCAGAUGUGGAUGAUUUUUUUUGUUUAAUUAGUAAUGUGUUGAAUAUUGUUGGAGCAUCUUAUAAGCGCAUGGAUUUGCUCAUACAACAUCAAGCUGCAAAGUUAGAGGAUUUGAUCAUUUCUGGUGAAGUUCAUACAGGACAGGGACUAAAUCAAGAACGUGAACUUCAACGGCCAUGUGACACUCAUUGGGGUUCUCACUGUAAGUCAUUAGAGAACUUCAUUGACAUAUUUUCAUCAAUUUUUAAUGUGCUUGGAUUUGCUGCACGUGAGUGCCCAAAUUAUCUUGACAGACUUACAACGAAAACUCUUGAGAAUCCGAUUAAGGGAUUUGAUUUUGCUUUUAUGCUACACUUGAUGUUGAAAGUUCUAAUGAUAACAAAUCAUUUGAACUCCUCAUUACAAAAGAUGGAUCAAGAUAUUGUCAAUGCUUUGAAACUGCUCAAUACUGCAAAGCAAGAAUUGCAAAGGAUGAGAGAUAAUGGAUGGAGCUCAUUACUAGAUGAUGUCUUUUCUUUUUGUGAUAAAUAUGAGAUAGAGAUCCCGAAAAUAGAUGCUCGCUACAUUCCUGGUAAGUCGAAACGUAGAGCUCUUGAUGUUACAUAUUCUCAUCAUUUUAGGGUUGAAAGAUUUUGUGUUGUUAUUGAUUUUCUACUUCAGGAGCUUAAUAAUCGUUUCGACGUUGUGAGUACUGACUUACUUCUUGGUAUGGCUUGUUUACAUUUCGCUAAGUUAUUUGGUAAUUUUGAUAAGAAAAAAAUAAUGAGAUCAGCUGAAUAUUAUCCAAAUGAGUUUGAUAGCAACAAACUUCGAGAUCUCAGUUGUCAACUUGAUAAUUUCAUAGCACAUGUUCGAGGUUCUGAUAAAAGAUUUUUCAAUAGAAAGGGAAUUACUGAUCUUGCUAAAGUAUUGGUUGAAUCAGAAUUGUAUCAGACCUGGCCUCUUGUUUAUUUGCUCAUCAAGUUGACUCUCAUUCUUCCCUUUGCUACUACUUCUGUGGAACGAGCUUUCUCUUCCAUGAACUAUAUCAAAAAUGAACUCUGCAAUAUCAUGGGUGAUGAAUUUUUAAAUGGUUAUUUAGUUUGCUAUGUAGAGCGUAAGAUAUUUGCAACUGUAAGUAAUGAUGUUAUUAUUCAUCGUUUUCAAAAUAUAAAAAGUCGUCGAACACAGUUAUAA